ACCUUCCCCAGGGUGUGCCCUCGAUGUGGCUGCGGUCGCCUGCUUCAGUCCCCGCGCCUUGCUGACCUCGGGCUCCUCGAGCUGCCCACGCUGACGGGGAUGGAGAUGCCGAGCGGGCUGCAGCUGGAGCAGACGCUGCAUGGCCGUCGGCCGCCGACGUGGACGCGGGCGACCUGGGCUCCCUGCUGGAGCGGACGGUGGUUUCAAAACGCCGGAUGCCCUCCCAACGCGCCUGCGCGACCCAGCGGGGGCUGCCGCGCGGCCAUGGUAGGUGCACCGUGCCGAAGCCGUCCCCAGCGCCUCGAGGCGGCCGCGGUUGCCACCGAACCCUUGCUUCUGGCCGAAGCACACGACGUCGACAUGCUCGUACAGGAAAGAGGUCGGGACGCUGAGAGCAAAGCAGGCUUGCCAGCUGGAGGGCCAGAUGGUCGCCUUCUCGGCCUGGGCUUGGACGUGCCGAGGACGGCACCCGAGUAG